CUCUAAAGAAACCUAUACUACUGUCUCAUAUGUCAUAUGUCCUUCCUCUGCAACUCACCAACCUACACAUGCAAAGAGCUUCAGCCACAACAGAGCCCUAUUGUAAAUCAUCCUUGAUAAUAAGCAGCGUACGUUAUUAGCUCUCCCAUCCACCGACUCCAAGAUGAGGAUGCGCAAGGCCCCGGAGCUGCUGAAGAAGGCGGCGACUGUGUUCAGGAGCAAGACUGACACCCUAAGAACAAAGCUCUUCAUCCUGGCCUCGCUCCGCCGCAAGAUAGCAACGGUCCGGGCAAUCUCUCGCAGGAUACAUGCGCUGGUGUCAUCGUCGGACCGGGAGAAUCAGGCCAGGUUGGAGUAUGGCGACGAUAGGGCGCUUGUCUUGCAGAAGGUGGCUGCGGGGAUCCAGCAGGCGCCAGCUGAUACUAAUACUGAUUGUGAACAAGAUGGUGUGGUCGAUCUCUCUGAGGUGGCGAUGUUUGUAGAAGAUGAUCACGAUUACUACCCUGACUGGACGCACUCAUUGUUCGAUGACGAAUAUUAUGACGACGACAAGGAUGACGACGAUGGAGAAGAAGGCCACCGUGACGAUGAUCUCGGUGCACUUGAUGCGCUCGACGAGCCCUCCGUCAUCGACAUCAUCAGGAGCAACCGGAAGGUGGAAGGUUUGGAGUUCGUCAUGGAGGAUGAGAUUGACCAGGCCUGUGACAUGUUCAUAAAGAGGUUUCGGAAGAGGAUGAAUAGGAGCUUCUAGUGCAUGAUCCUGUUUUCUGUAAGGACAAAAGAGAGUGCUACUAACUAGUUGAGUGACAAUAGAAGGUGGGUGGAAUUUAUACCGUGGUGCAGUAAUAACUAGAUACGAGAGAGCAUGCACGAAGUUCUAGGUUGAUGCAAGGCAUCGCCGUUUGGUGUAACAGAGAGAGUGGUUUUCCUCUAAUGAUGAAAUACAUGAAUAUAAUGCUCUUCUUCCAUUUAAACA